CUCGAUGACUGCAGUGACGAGCGAGUUACCUGGCAAAAACCUGCCCGAAAUACAGAAGCAGCUGGCUUUUAUAGCCGACCUUAGUUUACCUGUCAGUGGGUGAAAUGUCAGCUAUAUUAGUAUUUUCAUUAUUCUUUUCCCCUUUUUAAAAAGAUCGAGGAUCCCUUAAGUUUUACAUGCCUGUGUCCACAGCUGUUCUUUGCUAUGAGUGCAGAUCCCACUUCUCAAUGGAGUGCGCUGACCCGUUCCAGCACGCGGGUACGCACCGCACAGAGUGCGACCGUGCCUGUGCUAAGAUGAAGAAGGUCUCAAAACUUGCAGAUGGCAGCGCAACAACAGUUCAAAUCUGGCGUCAGUGCUACACACCAACCUUUCCAAAAGAUGGCUGCAUUGUGAAGACAGAUAGUGAGGACGAUUCUACUACCACUUUGUGCUCCUGUCACGAAAAGUUGUGUAACAAUGCACCAAAACUGGCUACUGGCAGCGGUCGUCUGCUCUUCCUCAUCAACAGUAUAAUGGCCGCCUACUGGACUUAUUGUGAAUUUUUAUAGUGCGACCUAUACGUGUAAAAUACAGCAAUACAGUAUAUCUUCUGUUCGGUGCAUUUACUUACGGAGGUUUUGCCAGGGUUUACCUAGAUAAUGACCCGUAUGAUAAGUCAAUGCAGAUAGGAUAGGACGCCUCCUGUCGGUCUGAAAGUUCAGUGGUCAGGGAGUUUAUUGGUCUGCAACAGAUUGAACAAGCUUGGUGUAAAUGUCUCACUUGUCCUUACAUAUUUUCUUUGCUUUUGAAACAGGGAAACUAUCCAGUUACCGACCAACGAGCUUUUAGACAAAUUGAACUUCAGGCAACUGAACUGACGACAUUUGCCCUGUCUCUGUGUCUGGCGAAUGGCCGUCUAUUUGACGUCACUCAGGUUUCAGAUGGUUAUGCAAUCCCUUCUCGACGGGUUUUGAAAACUUACAGAUGAUUCACUGAACUACACAUAGAAAGCGGAGGGAACGCCAGAGAAAAAAACUAUUGUUUUACAGAACUCGUUCUAUUUGAUAAAAAAUUGUAUUGAAAAUAGGCCUAUCAUUUCUGGUGAACGUUUUAUCUAUGUUAGUAAUGUAACCGUUCAUAUGUUGUCACAGGUUAUGUAAGAUAUGUGGAUUUUUAAAAUAAAAUCAUA